UUGGCCUACCAAAGUGGUGGGAUUACAGGCGUGAGCCACCACGCCAGGCCGAGAACAUUUUGUUUUAAACCUACAUUGACGGGACAGAAUGAUCCAUUACAAUGUGACAGGUAUGAUGCUGUGGUUCUCAACCCUGGGCAAGAUCCAUCCCAAAUUAAGAGAAUCAGAAUAGGGGCCCCAGGGAAGGCAUCCAAUUUUUGCUUUUUUUUUUUUUAUUUUUUAAAUAGUUUUAAAGCUGCUUCUGGCACCUUUACAUCCUAGUUGCUCUACGUUGGGAAUAAUAGCAGAGGCACCCAGAACUGAGCAUCGCUUUUUGUUUUUAAACUCCUUAGGCAAUGCCAGCGUAGCUGGAUCUGAAAGGCUUAUGAGCAGAAGGAAGGGUUUUUGACUCAAAAAGAUCUGAAUACGAAUUCUGGCUGUUCCUUAAGCAAAUGAGAUCCUGUUUUCUGUUUGCUCAUCUGUGGGAGAAUUGUAAUGGUCCUUUUCCUGUUAAUAGAGGAAAAAAGCUUCUGUGAUUUGUCCAGAUCAGGAGUAUUUGAGAACUAUUAAAGAAGAACUUAGGAUAUAGCCCAGCGUAGAGAAAGAGCUAGACACGUAGAUACUAAUUACGAAUACGCUGGCUGGAGAAGUAACUUUGUGAGCUAUAAAGGAGGCGAUGACUUGUGAUGAGAAAGGGCUGAUGGGAUCAGAAUCCAGUCUGUGUCCAUAAGAUGGAGUCAAGUCCACUGUUAUACAGGAGUCAAACCGGUGACCUUGUGGAGGGGAACAACACCGAUUACUCGGUCCUGGCCUGGGGGACCAUGGCUUCCUGUUGAGCAGCUACUCCUGCCUUCCCUUGGUAUAGCAGAGAUGUGAAAAUCUAGCUCCAAGUCAGAUGUGUUUAGGAAACUUUGGGCUAACAAAGGGAAACGUUUGUUUCCUCGAGGCUGUGAGAGCUGUUGUUAAUGUGCUGGGCAGCACUGUGUCCUGAGCAGGAGCCUGUGGGGACUUGGCACAGAGCCUUGGUGUGUCCCACUGCACCUCCAGACCAGACACCAGACUGCAGAGUCGGGACCACCGCACCUCCAGACCAGACCGCAGAGUCGGGGCCACCGCACCUCCACACCGCAGAGUCAGGGCCACUGCACCUCCACACCGCAGAGUCAGGGCCACCGCACCUCCAGACCAGACCGCAGAGUUGGGGCCACCGCACCUCCAGACCAGACCUCAGAGUCGGUGCUACCGCACCUCCACACCGCAGAGUCAGGGCCACCGCACCUCCAGACCAGACCUCAGAGUCGGCGCUACCGCACCUCCACACCGCAGAGUCAGGGCCACCGCACCUCCACACCGCAGAGUCAGGGCCACCACACCUCCACACCGCAGAGUCAGGGUCACCGCACCUCCACACCGCAGAGUCAGGGCCACCGCACCUCCAGACCAGCCCUCAGAGUCGGUGCUACCGCACCUCCACACCGCAGAGUCAGGGCCACCGCACCUCCAGACCAGACCGCAGAGUUGGGGCCACCGCACCUCCAGACCAGACCUCAGAGUCGGCGCUACCGCACCUCCACACCGCAGAGUCAGGGCCACCGCACCUCCACACCGCAGAGUCAGGGCCACCACACCUCCACACCGCAGAGUCAGGGUCACCGCACCUCCACACCGCAGAGUCAGGGCCACCGCACCUCCAGACCAGACCUCAGAGUCGGUGCUACCGCACCUCCACACCGCAGAGUCAGGGCCACUGCACCUCCAGACCAGACCUCAGAGUCGGGGCCACCGCACCUCCACACCACAGAGUCAGGGCCACUGCACCUCCAGACCAGACCGCAGGGUCGGGGCCACCGCACCUCCAGACCAGACCGCAGGGUCGGGGCCACCGCACCUCCAGACCAGACCUCAGAGUUGGUGCUACCGCACCUCCACACCGCAGAGUCAGGGCCACUGCACCUCCAGACCAGACCUCAGAGUCGGUGCCACCGCACCUCCACACCGCAGAGUCAGGGCCACUGCACCUCCAGACCAGACCGCAGGGUCAGGGCCACCGCACCUCCAGACCAGACCUCAGGGUCGGGGCCACCGCACCUCCAGACCAGACCUCAGAGUCGGUGCUACCGCACCUCCACACCACAGAGUCAGGGCCACCGCACCUCCAGACCAGACCUCAGAGUCGGUGCCACCGCACCUCCACACCGCAGAGUCAGGGCCACUGCACCUCCAGACUAGAUCGCAGGGUUGGGGAGCCAUCGUAUGGGGCUCCCCAUGAAGCGCUGCCUUCAGAUGGGGCAUCUGUGGAGGGACUUGUGUAAGUGGACUGUGUUUAGUGAGAGAGAGAAGCUGGUUUCUAAAAAGGAUUUUUUUUUUUGCUUUGGAAUAUUUUACUGUGGACUGAGGAGAAAUGAUUAUUGUGCUUUUGAUGGUCGUUGGUGAUACAUAAGGAGAAUUGAAGUUACAGAGGGUAUUUUGGUACUUAGCAGAUUAUAAUU